CCCCGGGCUCGGCAGGACGAGCGAGCGAGUCGCGUCGCCCGGCGCCCCCGCCCUCCGGCGCCCGCGCCGUGGCCAGAGAUGCCCGGUGAGGACCGGGGCGCCGAAAGCUGGGCUCCCCGGCGCGGUGCGGAGCGAGGCAGCGGCCUGGAUGUGUGAAGCGUCCCCAUGGCUCGGCAGAAGGCGAAGCCCCAGGGCCCGGGGGAAGCUGGGCUGGCGGCGCAGGGGCGCAGGGGCUGGCUCGGGGCGCGCGGGCCGGGCCGGGCCGGCAGGGGCGUGAGGCGCUCCGGGCCGGCGCCGGGUCUCCGGGCCGCGGCGUCCCAGGAUGCGCCGCCGCCGCCGCUGCUGCUGGGACUCCUGCUGCUGGCGGCCCUCCCCGAGCACUGCCUGGCUGAGCAGGGAACAAACAAUCUACAAAUAACAGUCACCCCAACCCCAGAGUCAUUUCCGCAUGGGAAAUUGUUACCACUUUCACCAACAUGGCCUUUCUCAGAAGUCCAGUCUUCCUCAGCAGUGGCCAGAAUCAAGAAUGUGCUGGGAUCAUCCCCUGACAACACAAGCAUGCUACAGUUUGCCCGGACACUUCCGCCCAAGACACGCCGCAGAACUAGGGCUCCCAGGGACUUCUCUUCUUCCCCCUACCAAGCAAGUGGACAUGGCGCCUCCCUCGAGCCUUCCAAGGAUUCCACAGAGUCUCUGGUGCAACCAAGACCUCAAGGGGGAAAAGAAGCAGCUGCCAUGUCAGGUUGGCCUCCCACCAGCAUGCUCCCCCCAUUGUCCACAGACCCAUCCGUGACAUCCUUGAGUGCUGUCCUCCCAUCUCAGCCUGUGCGGGCCGGGACUCCUUCCAUUUCCAAACCACAUUCCCUGAGGUCAGACAUUCUCCCAUUUCUCCCCCCAUCUUCACCCUCUUCAUUGGCUCCUGACUCACCUCAUUCCAGCACCUUUUCUAAGCCAGCCCAGCGACCCACCAAAGUGCCUUUAUCCUCCCAAACAGCUCCAACUGACUCCUCUUCAAGUCAGAGUGUAACUAGCCCCCUAAACCCAUUUGCUGAUGAAAUGAACCACACUCCACCCACAAAUGAACAGGAUUUGAUAGGCAUCCCUCAUCUAGGUUUUUCUGGAUCCUCAACAAAGCAGUAUUCUGAGCUGUUCUCUGUGGACGGUCCUGGUACAGCAGGCUCCACCACGUCUGAGUUUCUGAGCUCUGUGGAGGAACCUGCCCAUCUGUCUCCCGAGCCCCUAGCACUCGGAAGUCUCCGUCAGCUUCCAGAUGGCGUUCCCUCAUGGUCAUUGUUGGGAGCGGCUUCCAGUCCUGCAUCCACCCAGCCAGUCAAAGCAGAGGUGGCUGAAAGAGUGCACAAUGGGGUGUCUUUGCUGACUUUUAGGAACCCAGUAGCAGCCACGACCUAUGAGGCUGUGUCUUCACCUUUCAAGUCUACAGUCGCCAUGGCCACUACCAGCAGGAAGCCAGCUCCUGCUACUGCAAAUGAGUCUGCUAACCCACUGCAUUUGUCAGCAGCUCCAGAGAAUUAUGAAGGGCCCACCCUUUCAGCAGAACACACAGUGGUGCCUUCCUCUUGGGUGCCUUCUCUACCUCCCACCACAGCCAGCCAAGGACAAGCCAUCCUUUCUGGGGUGGCUCCUGCAUCACUACUGAACAGCGCAGCAGCUUACCUUCCCUCCAGGCCUACUUUCCUCCAGCUGGUAUGGACUCGAGCCUCUCCAUCUGCUCUGCCCAAAAUGACAGCUCCUCAAGAAGAGGGAAAUGACAGAUCCCCGCCUACGGCAGCCACAGACUUCCUCCUCUCAAGCAAACUUCCUAAUCUUCUUUCCACAAUUUGGACAUUUCCCCUGCGGAAAGAAGAUAGUGUGACAGCUGUUUUAAAGAAAAACGAAAAGGCAAAUUUGACAGCUGCUCUCCAGACCCUUCCAAGUAAAGAGAGUCCAAAUCUUUACACUGUAAAUGGAUUCACCUCUGAUUUUAGCACUGAUCAUAUUUCACCUACUGUCACUACAACACCAAGAACAAGCCUCCUUCCUUCAGAAUUACCUCUGCCUUCCAUCCCCUCCGUAAAAACCACCCAGAACAUUUCACCAUCUCCUAGCUUUUCCAACACCCAGCCAGGGACUUACGCAGCUGCACUAGACCAUUCUGAGUUGCCAGUUUCAGCUCCCAAACAGGUGACAGCACUUCCCUCCUCCUCUGAGGUCUAUGAUUUCUUGACAAUGGGAGAUGUGAAAAAGCCAGAAAUCACAGAUGUUUUCUGGAGCUCUUUUUCAGCAGAAACUGGGUCCCUUUCCACAGAACCAACAGUAUCUGGCUUGCUGCAGCAAACAAAUUAUGACUUAAAUGGGAACACGAUUAAUUCCACAAGUUGGGAAACUCAUUCAGCCUCACCCACUCCUCCCAGUGGUUUAACUUUAGCUGCCAGUGUAAUAAAAUCUCAGGAUUUCAAAGAUACUGCUGGGAAUUUAGUGACUACAGAGGGCUUCAGCAUUCAGGGUCCAGUCCUUAGUACGAGCACCAACCAGGCCAUUCAGCAGUCAGAUGCCACCAUGGUUGGAAAUCAUACAGCCUUCUUGGCCAUAAGCAGUAAAAACCAUCCCAAAGACUCCCAGACAGCUGAGGUUGAAGAUCACCCAACCACAGGUCAACUUGCUGUGUCUCUUCCCCAUCUACAGCUGUCUGCCCAUCCAGUGCAUCUUCUUUUGCUAACCUCUCCAACUCCAACUGCCACUGCAAGCUUGCCAGACAUGCUUUCAGAUGGAAUGGAUACACAUUUCCAAAUUCCGAGUGACAUCAAUCUGUCUCCUGUUGUACAUGCAUCCACACUGUUCCAGAGUAGCUGGAGCUACCCCUCUACUACUGAGUCACCUCCUCUAUUGACCAGUGCAUUCUUCAGGACUCCCCCCAGAGUGCUGCUGGCUUCGCAGCGCCCUGGGAAAUGGACAGGUGCAGCCAGUACUGCAGGUAGUUUGCCUCCUGGUACCCAAAAAACAGUGGGCUCCUCAGUGUCACCCAGGGUGGCUCCCACAGCACCAUCGGUAGCAUCAGCCGCAUUGUUUUCAAGGAAGUCAAGCCCAGCGGCGCUGUCUGCAGCCCUGGUCGCUAGGGGCACUGGCAGCAGCCCUUCAGAUGUGGCCUCGGGAUUAGCCAAGAGCAGUUUGACCACUGCUCCAGCUAAAAAUGUCACAAACAACGCACCUGGCCCAAAGGCAACACCGGGGACCGCCCAUCCAGCCUUCUCCUUCACGCCAGCCUAUAUGUUUGCGAGAACAGCGCUCACUGUGAGUGCUCACACAGCCAUGCAAGGGAACACGGGCACUGCCUCUGGCCUGUUGUCCACAACACACCUCCCCAGGAAACCACAAGCCAUGCACACAUCAAACCUCCCCAACCCAGACACACCCAAGGCAUCCACCCCACGUCCGCUGACAAUCACAGCAGCCUUGACGUCCAUCACCGCACCCGUGAGGGCCACCUGGUUGCCUCCUUUGCUGGCAGAAAACACAAAUGCUGCUCCUCCUGCUGCAUCGACUGCUAUGGUCACAACUGGCAAAAUGGCAUCUAAUCUGGAGUGUCAGAUGUCCAGUAAGUUCCUGGUGAAGACAGUUCUCUUUCUGACCCAAAGGAGAGUGCAGAUCAUUGAAAGCUUGAAGCUCAAUGUCGCCAAAGGGCUCACACAGGCACUGCGGAAGGCUUUCCACCAGAAUGAUGUCUCAGCUCACGUGGACAUUCUGGAACAUUCUCAUAACGUCACAGUUGGUUAUUAUGCUACCAAAGGGAGGCUGGUGUACUUGCCCUCUGUGGUGAUUGAAAUGCUGGGUGUUUAUGGGGUCAGCAAUGUCACUGCAGAUCUGAAGCAACAUACCCCAAACUUGCAGUCUGUGGCAAUACUUGCCUCCCUAUGGAUUCCCCAGCCUGCAGGCUACUUCCAGCUGAAAACAGUGCUGCAGUUUGUGAGCCCAUCCGACAACAUACAGUCCUGCAAGUUUGCUCAGACAAUGGAACAGAGGCUGCAGAAGGCCUUCCAGGAUGCUGAGAGGAAAGUCUUGAAUACCAAAAGCAACCUGACAAUUCAGAUUGUGAGCACGUCCAACGCCUCGCAGACAGUCAUCUUGGUGUAUGUGGUGGGCAAUCGGAGCUCUUUCCUCAACGGCACAGUGGCCAGCAGCCUCCUCCGCCAGCUCUCGGCUGAGCUGGUGGGGUUCUACCUCACCUACCCGCCGCUCACCAUUGCUGAACCACUGGAAUAUCCCAACCUUGAUAUAUCAGAAACAACCAGAGACUAUUGGGUAAUUACAGUGCUGCAGGGCGUGGACAAUUCGCUGGUGGGCCUGCACAACCAGAGCUUUGCCCGGGUCAUGGAGCAGCGUCUGGCCCAGCUGUUCAUGAUGUCUCAGCAACAAGGCCGGCGCUUUAAACGGGCCACCACCCUGGGAAGCUACACCGUGCAGAUGGUGAAGAUGCAGCGGGUGCCGGGACCCAAGGACCCAGCGGAACUGACUUACUACACCCUGUACAACGGGAAGCCUUUGCUUGGGACUGCAGCUGCCAAGAUCCUGAGCACCAUUGACUCGCAAAGAAUGGCCUUGACCCUGCAUCAUGUUGUACUUCUGCAAGCUGACCCCGUGGUGAAGAAUCCUCCCAACAACCUGUGGGUCAUCGCCGCAGUGCUGGCACCCAUCGCCGUGGUCACGGUCAUCAUCAUCAUCAUCACUGCUGUGCUCUGCCGGAAGAACAAGAACGACUUCAAGCCUGACACCGUCAUGAACCUGCCUCAGCGAGCAAAGCCCGUGCAAGGCUUUGAUUAUGCCAAGCAGCACCUGGGCCAGCAAGGGGUGGACGAGGAGGUUGUCCCUGUGACUCAGGAAACAGUGGUCCUCCCACUCCCUGUUAGAGAUGCUCCUGCCUCUCAGGAGAGGGAUGUCGUCCAGGAUGGAAGCACCAUCAAGACAGCCAAGUCCACUGAAACCAGAAAGAGCAGGUCGCCCAGUGAGAAUGGCUCUGUCAGCAGCGACGAAUCAGAGAAGCCCAGCUUGGGGAGGCUCUCACCCCAGAAUGUAAUGGCACAGCAGAAGCUGACAAAGGAGGAGGCACGGAAAAGAAAUGUGCCGGUGAGUGAUGAAGAGGAAGGAGCGGUUCUUUUUGACAGCUCUGGCAAGGCGGCUGCUGACCCCUUCGACACGUCAUCUGGAUCCGUGCAGCUCAUCGCCAUGAAACCCACCGCCCUCCCCAUGGUGCAGCCUACCUCGGACCGGAGCCAGGAGCCCACGGUCCUCAACGGUGAGGUGAACAAAGCCCUGAAGCAGAAGUCAGACAUCGAGCACUAUCGGAACAAGCUGCGCCUCAAAGCCAAGAGGAAGGGCUAUUACGACUUUCCCCCAGUGGAGACGAACAAAGCUCAGACAGAAAGAAAAAAGAUUUAUGAAAAAGCCCAAAAAGAAAUUGAGCACGUUUUGGAUCCAGCCCCAGAACUCUGUGCCCCAUUCACCGAGUCUAAAAACAGGCAACAGAUAAAGAACUCUGUCUACCGAAGCCGGCAGUCUCUGAACAGCCCAAGUCCGGGAGAAACAGAGAUGGACCUGCUGGUGACUCGAGAGCGACCGCGGCGUGGCAUCCGUAACAGUGGAUACGACACUGAGCCUGAACUCAUAGAGGAAACCAACAUUGACAGGGUUAAUGAGCCCCGAGGCUACGCCAGGUCGAGGCAGAUGAAAGGCCACUCGGAGACUUCCACGCUGAGCUCCCAGCCUUCUAUUGACGAGGUCCGGCAGCAGAUGCACAUGCUACUGGAGGAGGCCUUUAGCCUGGCGUCUGCAGGCCACGUGGGCCAGAGCCGGCACCAGGAGGCCUACGGCUCAGCGCAGCACCUGCCCUACUCGGAGGUGGUGACCAGCGCUCCGGGAACCAUGACGCGGCCCAUGGCUGGUGUGCAGUGGGUGCCAACCUACCGCCCAGAGAUGUACCAGUACAGUCUGCCCAGGCCGGCCUACAGGUUCUCCCAGCUUCCUGAAAUGGUCACAGGCUCUCCCCCUCCACCUGUACCUCCCCGGACGGGCCCUGUGGCUGUUGCUUCUCUCAGGCGGUCCACCUCGGACGUCGGCAGCAAGACCAGGAUGGCCGAGUCCGCAGGGCCCGAGCCGGCCCAGCUGCACGACAGCGCCUCCUUCGCGCAGGUGUCCAGGGGCCCCGUGGCCGUGGCGCAGUUGGACCAGUCGGCUUUAAAUUACUCAGGUAAUACAGUGCCAGCAGUGUUCGCCAUCCCAGCUGCUAACAGACCAGGCUUCACAGGCUACUUCAUCCCAACGCCUCCCUCAUCCUACAGAAACCAGGCCUGGAUGUCCUAUGCAGGAGAGAAUGAGCUCCCGAGCCAGUGGGCUGAUUCGAUCCCUCUCCCAGGGUACAUCGAGGCUUACCCCCGGUCACGUUAUCAGCAGAACUCUCCCUCCAGGCUUCCUCGCCAGUACAGCCAGCCAGGAGGCAUGCACCCCAGCUUGGAGCAGGCCCCGGUGCCCUCUGCGGCAGCUUCCCAGCAAAGUCUGGCAGAGAAUGACCCAUCUGACACGCCCCUGACCAACAUCUCCACAGCAGCCCUCGUGAAGGCCAUCCGGGAAGAGGUGGCCAAGCUGGCCAAGAAACAGACGGACAUGUUUGAGUUCCAGGUCUAAUGUCCAGCUCUGUGGGACUUUCCAGCUCUGAGGAAAUAGUCUUCAGAUUCCUUCAGCGUAACGUGUUAAGACUUGAGACAGUACACGAGCCUUUCUCACUCUGUCUGAAAAGGUAAACAGUGGCGUUUCAGGGAAACUCUUUAACAACUGGAUCUCAGCUUAUUCAACUGAGUAUGUCAAGAAGUGGGACCUUAUGUUUGCUCUUCUGUUAAGGCAGAUGUUUGAACUGUGGGUGUAUUUCCCUUUGGAGCCUAGUCACGAGAGAUACUAGCUAAUCUACAGAUUCUGUCCAAUGCCACAUUUUAAUAAAUUACUGGAAGGGGAGAAUAUGGCUCUGCCUUCGGUGACCUCUGCAUGUUAACUCUGUUUCUGUGUUAAAGGCAUGGCAGGUGUGGGAUUAAGCACCAAACUAUAUUCUCUCUCAUUCAGCUAGGACUGUAAUCUUUAGAAUCACUUCCCCUCUUAAGGGAGGUACUGACUCCAGCCAAGAAACUUGAAUCCUUUUCUUUUAAGUCAUAUUCAAAGUCAAAUGAAUUGGAUAAAAAUCAGUACUGUCAAUGAAUACACCUAUAAAUAGUCCUGACUCUCUUAUUCUGCCCAUAGUUAAACAAAUCCCACAGAAGAGAGAUGAUGAGACGGGAUGGUGGAUUUGUAUUGACAGGUUUUUGAAAGGUGUUGUCAUUUGGGAAAUAGAACACCCUGCAAGUUGGGAUCUAACUGAAAAAGAAUCGGUACUAAGAGCUUUUAGGAGCCUACAAAAGAAAACUAGUUAUUUGUGGAGUUUUUUCUUUCUCCUGUGCUGAGAAGGUGGCUUAGGAAUGAAGCCUCUCUCUUUCUGGGGAUAAUAGAUACAUUGACUUUUACAAGAAAAUCUCUCUCUCUUCCACAUGGUGUCCAGCAUGUACUGCUGAGUGAUAUGAAGGGAAAUAGUAAUCAGUGCCUGUUAGAAGCAGGAAUAGUGGACCCACAGUCUCCCCAGGCUGCAGCCUCUGUUUAUAGAAACUUAUGUUUAAAUGUAAAUAACGUUUUAAAAAGUGUGUGGAGUUAGCCAGUCCCCUCCCCAUCCCCUACCCCUUAUAGUUAAUGGACUCAGAGGACAUUCGGCAAAAUGGCAGGGCUGCUGACCUCGUGGCCUGAUGUUGAAACCACCCUCCCUGGCAUGGUGAGUCAGCCUCCAGAGCUCUGGGUAGACACUGCCUCACAGCCCUGAGACCCGGCUGCUGUCAACACAAAAGCAAAACAGCCACUAACCUGAGGUGGCCCUGGGGGAGGGGGCACUGUGGUUCCCUCGCCGACUUCGGGAGCUGUGCGUGAUGCUGGGGGCUUACUUGGGGCGUGCUGGAGAAUGUAGUCCUGUCCUGCCUUAACCUGUGAUCCAUCGAGCUUCAGCUGUAUCCAUUCCCUUCUGAGCCUAUCUUUCCAUUCUCCUCAUGAGUUUCUUUGGUCUUUACCGAGAGAAGGGGGAAAUGUAAAAGUUGAUAGAAGAGUAGGAGCGGAACUGAUUAGAGUGGGAGAUUCAAACUGUCAAAGCACAGACUUUUCAAAGAAGCUGUUUUUAUUUCCCAAUGGCAAAUUGCCCUCUCUGGAAAGUUCCAGAGAUGUUGUGUCAUGGAAUCCCCAAAUAAGUCUCUUGUUUGGAUGAUAUUAGGUAGUGUCCUUUUGGUAUGCUGAUUGAUCUUUCAUAGUGUUAGCUUUUUGUUACUUAAAAAAAAAAUCAGCUAUAAAUAAAAUGUAUUUUUGUAAUUUCCAUGUGUAUAUAUGGUAUAUUUCUACCAAUGGCCAGUUGUAGUAGUCCAAAACCUAAAUCAGCUUGUAAAACACUGUGGACAGUGGGAGAUUUUAUUGACAGAUUAACACAAUGCCGAAGUCUAUCCAACUAGGUAUUCAGUGCACUUGAAUGAACAAAGAGCCAAAGAAACUCAGCCUUUUCAUGCAAAUGGUAUGAGUCUGAUAAAGUCAGCUACAUUGCCCCGCCUUAUCGACACUAUGAAUAUUUCAUCAGUACAAUGAUAUCAACCCAGUACUUUGUCUACUUGGUAAAUGCCUGGAAAUACUGUAUGUGAAAAUGAAGUCUCAAGACCUUAGUGUAACUCAAAUAUAUGCACAUGCUUCAAAGACAGUGUCUGACCUUUGGAUAUCCCAGUGACACACAGAGGAUGAGCCUAUAGUUUGCAGCAGUGCGGCUCCAGCUGGCUAAGGGGAUGGAGAAACCACUCAUCGCUGUCUUUGCAGAACCCCACCAAAUAUUGAGUUAGUCAACAGGAAUGACUAAAAAUAUAGCAUGCUACAUCAGAUAUGCUCUUCAACUAGACACCACAGGUUUAAGAAGAGUAUAGGGGAGGAAAACCUUAAGUCCAAAAGAAAUCAGUCUGUUCAAGUUCUCCCACCACCGGAGAGUUGCCGCAUUGUUUGUUUUCUGUGACUAAGAUGUGGUCCCUUCUCUGAAGAGACCUCAUGGAGGUGACAGAGAUCUGGACAGCUGACUCUAAGGCAGACGAUAAAAGUGCCCCCAGGAAAGUGAAAAUAGAGUUCCACAGGAGCCCAGAGGCUCUGUGUUCCUCAUGACCCUCGAGAGAGUUGAAGAAGUCACAAAGGACCUUGGUGACCUUGAAAAAGGAAGCAGAAGUCAGAGAAAUGGAGCAACCUGCUCAAGGAUUCCAGCCCAAGCCUGUGGAUCCAUGAUUCAACUUGCUUUCCAUUUCACCAUGUUGCCUGCACACUUGUCUGCGAUGCAUUUCUUGAACUAUGCUAGGAAGUUUAAAAAGUAGACAAGGGUCUUAUGAGGGACUCUUUAUGUUCUUGUGAAGGAAAAGAUGAUUGCAUAUGUAAAGAACACCAGAUAAAGUGUAUAGAGAACAAUGCAUUUGUGGCAUAAUAAACAUUUUUCA